CCUUUUCCUUCUGAUUAUGAAUUCCACCUCCGCAGUCCGGGAAUCCUAGAUUAAGUAGGAUUCUCGGUCUCCUUCCGUUCUGUAUAUCCUCAAAGUUGGCGGAGGGGUGGAGUGGAGAUUCUGCCUGAAGCUGGGAGACCUGAAUUGGCUCGAUCUGGCGCUGACUCUACUCUUUGUUUUCAUGAAAGCAACGGCUUCUCCAGCAGUCAUCAACAAACAUGGCAGCCUGUGGCCUUCUCACACCUUCUCAGGAACCAGUGCCACUGCAAAGCAUCUCCGUGGAUGUGAUGGUGCAGGGUUUCGUGGCUGAUGUGGUAUCUAAGCUUCAGUACAAGAAUGAGGAGAAGAACCCAGUGGAGGUGAUCUUUGUCUUCCCUGUGGACGAUGAGGCUGCAGUGUAUGCCUUUGAGGGCUUGAUUGGUGGCACACGCAUAGAAGCCCAGAUCCAAGAAAAAAAGCAGGCUGAGCAGGAAUAUGAUGAUGCCCUGAGUGAAGGACGUCAGGCUUUCCUACUUGAAAAAGAAGAGACCAGUGACAUUUUCCGCUGCUCCCUGGGUAACCUUCCCCCUGAUGGGGAGGCCACACUGAAGCUGUGCUAUGUUCAGGCAUUAGCUCCAGAACCUGAUGGGGCUGUCCGCUUCGUCCUUCCUGCAGUCCUGAACCCACGCUAUGUGCCUCAAGGCUCAAAAGAGGGCACAGUCACCAAGAGCAUGCCACGAGUACCCAGGGGGAAGCUUCCCUACACACUGGCCCUCAGUGCCAAGCUGGAAUCUCCCUAUCGCAUCAACCGUGUGGAGUCGAAAUGCAACCUUGAGCCCCUACACUUCACUGCAGAGGAUCACAGCACAGCCCUGAUUUCCCUGGCCAAAGGGCACCAGUUUGACCAAGAUGUAGAACUGCUGAUUUACUAUGAGGAUGUCCAUAAGCCCAGUGCCCUCUUAGAAGCUGGGAAGCCUGGAGCUGCUUCAGGCUCACUGAUGGGAGAUCCAGCUCUUCUGCUCACCUUGUACCCUAGCUUUCAAGCCACAAAGCCAGAAUGCAGUGCUACCAAGGAGUUCAUUUUCUUGCUGGAUCGCUCUGGCAGCAUGAGCGUUGUCAAUUACCGCAGCCAUUCUCUGACACGCAUUGAGAGUGCCAAGGAGACCCUGAUCCUCCUGCUGAAGAGUCUCCCUCUGGGAUGUUAUUUCAAUAUCUAUGGCUUUGGAUCUACCUAUGACUCAUUCUACCCGCAGAGUGUGAAAUAUACACAGCAGACUAUGUCAGAGUCUCUCCAGAGUGUGAAGAAGCUCAAGGCUGAUUUGGGGGGCACAGAAAUUCUUACUCCACUGAAGGCCAUUUACAGCCAGCCAUGCCAAGAAGGACAUCUUCGUCAGCUGUUUGUGUUCACUGAUGGUGAAGUAAGUAAUACAAAAGAGGUGAUUGAUGAAGUCAAACGUCAUAGCAACUCCCACAGGUGCUUCUCCUUUGGCAUUGGAGAUGGGGCCUCCACGGCUCUCAUCAAAGGCAUUGCUCGAGCAGCUGGGGGCAGUUAUGAAUUCAUCACAGACCAGGAGCGCAUCCAGGUCAAGGCAUUGCAGUCUUUGAAGAAGGCCCUGCAACCAGCAGUGACACAGAUCUCUCUGAACUGGGACUUGCCUUCUGGCCUUGAGGGUGUUCUCGUGGGGUCAGGUCCUCAGGUCAUCUUUGAGGGGCAGCGCUGCCUCAUCUAUGCCAAUAUCCGAGGGCAGCAUCAGUCUUCAGAUUCCCCAGAAGGCACCGUGAUUCUUCAGUAUAACUUCCAGGACCAGACAUUCACUGAGACAAUGAAGUUCCCACUCCAUGCUGAGAAGAGAGACAGGCUCCCUGUUCACCGGCUCGCAGCUCAGUUCCUUCUGCAGCAACUAGAGACAGGUACAGAGGAGGAAGUGGAGAAACAACGCCUGGCAUUGGAGACCAGCCUGAGCUCUGGGGUGAUGUGCUCACAGACAGCCUACAUUGGAGUGAACAUGGAGCUGAAUAAACCAGUUCAAGGACCCCUCCUCCACCGAGUUGUGCCACUUCCACGUAUAGGUGCAGCAAGAAAGUCAUAUAAGGCUACAGCUUUCCAAGGAGGAGGUGUACGGAAGUUUGUACUGGGUGCUGCAAGUUCCUUUUCAUCUUCCUCACCUUUCAAGAUGAACCGCAUCAAAGCUACAGCUGUGAAUCCAUUUGAAGAAGAGCUAUACUUAGGAUGCUCUUUGGCCAUCCCCAAGGAAUCCCCUUUUUUGAGCCUUGUGUCCCUGCAGAAUGCAGAUGGCUCCUGGGCCCUUGAUUCUGAACUAGCUAAAAUUCUAGCCCUCAAGGAGGCUACGAUCUCAAGUAAAAUACCACCUCUGGCCACCCAACACACAUGGGCGACAGUGCUGGCCAUCCUAUGGCUCCACUCCCAUGCUGCAGACCAGAGGGAUGAAUGGGAACUACUGAAAGCAAAAGCUCUUGAUUGGCUUCAUGCCAAUGCAGGGCCUGAGUUGAGUCAGUGUGUGAUGGCUGGCAACGCAUUGUUGAACAGUUGUGUGAGUCUCCAGGCCUUCAGGCUGUGAGCAGACUCUGUAACUCUGUGCCUCUUAAAAGGGAGUUUCAGCUUCACUCCCUUUUCUCCUCCUGCCAAAUCAUGCCAUGCUUGAUUCCAAAAAGGAUAUCCAUAGUUCUUCGGCUGUAACUCUGUCUGAUAUCUCAAGUGUCCUUAUUGCAAAAGUGCUGAAGUUUCCUCUCAACUCAGGAUGCCAAUUGUCCUGUAUCAUUUUCUUCACAGUAUGCUAUUUGUAGUGAAAAAAGGUGCACUUUUAAAAAACCUAUAAAGUGAAUUUAGUGAUAAAUUAAAAGCCUAUUGAUGUUUAUUGUAUUUUUUAUCUACCCCCUCCCCCUUUUUUUUAAAGCAGUACAGAUGGAAGGGAAAGGCUGUAAGCCUAAUCAAG